CCGCAUGGCAGGCCGAGCUCCGCGGCCUUCACAUCUUUUUGUCUGAGAACUGGAUCCCUCUGCCGCUCUACAGUGUGUGCGAUGGCCUCGGAGCUGCGUCCGUAACACACUGUCAAACCACUCCAAACGAAUACAACCGCGACCAAAAGCAUUAAUUCUACACAUCCUGCCAUGGCGUUUCUAAUCUGCCGGUAAAUCGGUCGUAUUUCUCACUGUUCGUUGGAAGUUAGUCCGGGGUUGAAACGGCUUGCUUUCUGUGUGCAUCAGUCUUUAUUAGCGAGCUGCCGCUCUUCUUGCUAUCAGCUAUUUCUUUAACUUUUUAAACACUCAGCUUCGCGAAUGACUGAGCGCCGGCGGAGUAUGGGAUCCUUGGUGUCUUAAGAAGCGACUGAAGUGGGGUUUAACCGUUUUUGCAUGCAAAAACAAUGGCAAAUUCGACGGGGAAAAAUCUACUAGAUCAGCGAAGGAAAGGACAGGCUUUCCUGGACGAGCUGCGGCAAUUUCACCAAAGCAGAGGAUCGCCGUUCAGAAAGAUUCCUAUCGUGGGUGGCAAGGAGCUGGAUCUGAAUGCUCUCUAUAUCAGAGUCGUAUCUUUAGGAGGAUUUGCUAAGGUCUCUGAUAAAAACCAAUGGAUUGAACUUGGAGAAGAGUUUCACUUGCCAAGGAGUUGUUCCAACGCUGCAUUUGCUUUAAAACAAUACUACCUUCGAUACUUGGAGAAGUAUGAGAAAGUCCACCACUUCGGUGAGGACGAUGAGGAAACGCAGCCGGGGAAUCCCAAAAACUUUCUUCCAAUCGGUGCAAUUCCCAGCUCGUAUAACUACCAGCAACACAGUGUAUCAGACUAUCUCCGCCAAAGCUAUGGACUGUCUUUGGAUUUGGUUCCGCCGUGCGACUACAACAAACUGGUGCUUUCUCUCCUCUCGGGCCUACCCAACGAAGUGGACUUCGCUGUUAACGUUUGCACUCUGCUGUCCAACGAGAGCAAGCACUCCAUGCAGCUGGACAAAGACCCCAAGCUGGUGACGCUGCUGCUGGCCCACGCCGGUGUCUUCGAUGACUCAUUAGGCAGCUUCUCUGGGGUAUUCGGGGCGGACUGGAAGGACAAGACCUCCCGGGACUUCGUCAGGUUCUGGAAGGAGGUGGUGGAGGACGAUGAAGUCAGGGAGCUGAUCUGGGACAAGAACAGUCCGGCACAAGAUGGUACGUCGUGUGAAGGGCGCUGGCAGAGCCUCUUCCACCCGCCGCGGAACUCGGGCAUCAACGACAUGGAGGCGCAGCGGGUGCUGCAGAUCGCCGUUAUCCUGCGGAACCUCUCAUUCGAGGAGGCCAAUGUCAAGCUGCUGGCGGCCAACCGAACGUGCCUGCGCUUCCUUUUGCUCUGCGCCCACUGUAACCUCAUCUCACUCCGACAGCUCGGGCUGGACACGCUGGGCAACGUGGCUGCCGAGCUGCAGCUGGAUCCUGUUGACUUUCGGACGACUCAUCUGAUCUUUCACACAGUCACCAAAUGUUUGAUGUCCAGGGACAGGUUUCUCAAGAUGAGAGCCAUGGAAAUCCUGGGCAACCUCAGCAAGGCCGAGGACAACAGCGUGCUAAUCUGUGAGUACGUGGACCAGGACUCGUACAGGGAGGUAAUAAUGCUCCUCACCCUGCCUGACCUCAUGCUUCUCAUGGCCUCUUUGGAGGUGCUGUACCUGUUGGCCCAGCUCGGAGAGAUUCCCUGCAGCAAGAUCGCCUCUGUGGACCACAGCAUAGACUUGUUAGUGCGGUUAGUGUCGGUCGACCUUCAUACGUUUGGACCCGACGCCCUCACGGCAGUGCGGUUGAUCGAGCAUCAGGCCAACGCGGAGCAGGCGACCGAGGUGCGACCGCAGCUGGUGGAGCAGGUCCCCGCAGCCGUGCAGGGAGCAGCAGCACCUGUAACGAGGGUUCAAUCCACCCAGCCCCCACCGGGUAUCGUUGAACUAGAUGGGGAAAAGUUUACACUGCAAUGGCUGAACGCACACUUUGAGACGAACCAAGAUGGAGCUGUGUCCAGAUCAGAAAUGUACUCGGAGUACUUGUCCACAUGCAGUAAAAUGGGACGAAGCAACAUCCUGAACUCCACAGGCUUCCUCAAAUGUCUGCGCACCGUGUUUCCCAACCACACGAUGCGGCGGCAAGAGGAGUCCAAGGCCAACGGUCAGGUUCACAUCCUGCUGGUGGGGCUGAGGCGCAGGUCCAUCCCCCUGCCCAUCCAGCUGUACUACCAGCAGCCGCAGCAGAGUCCGGCAGCAGCUGCAACCCCCCCAGCAGCCCGACACAUGGCUCCUGGAGACCCUCAGGUCACGCAGACAGGCCUACCUCUCGGGCCUCCUGGUCUUGGACCCCAGUUUGUGAGGGUCCACAACCCCAGCAUCAGCACCACUGCUGCUGCCCCAUCCAUGGCCUUGACUGCACAGGAAGCUGUUUCCCGUCACUCAGCGUCUCCGCCGGUACCCAUGAAUCCUCUGGCAGCUGCGCAACAGGUCCGGCCUGGUACAGUGGUCCAGAUUCCGACGUCGACACCAGGCACCCAGAACCACAGCCCAAAGAGCCCCGCAGCUCAGCAACACUCACCCAUGCUGCCCACGGGGACGCCUGUCACGCUCUUUCAGCAGGUACCUCAGGGCCACAUCCUCACCGCCAGGGUGCAGGGUGUCUGCCCCCCGCAGGUGGAUCCUCAGUGUGUCGCCGUGGCUUCGACACACUCUUCUUCCAUCCAGUUGGGACACGGUCAGACGUCCAGUAGCGUCAGUUUGCCCAAUUCCCAGGGGUCACGAGUCACAUUUCAGAAUAUUGCCCCCAAGCCAGCACCAGGGGCGGCGGGACCAGCAGUCACGAUAGCCAGCCCCAGCCAGCAGAGUGUGGUCUUAGUGGCGCCCAACCCCCAGCAGAGCCAAGCCUACAGCCCCGCCAUACACCAGAUAGUUCUCACUAACCCCUCCGCUGUUCCAGCCCAGACUAUCCAGAUAGCAGGGCAGACCGGAGCUUCAAGCCCCUGCCCGCCCCCCGGUACCCAGCCCAAUCAAACUGUCAGCCACUCGCUGUCCAUGAAGCGGCAGCAGCAGCAGCUCCAAAUGAUCCCCCAAACCCCCCCCUCUCAGCCUACCUCCACCGAGUCUAGCUUGAUCAAACAGCUACUGCUUCCAAAGCGAGGGCCCUCCACUCCGGGAGGAAAGCUCAUCCUACCCGCUCCACAGGUGCCCCCUCCCAACAGCACGAUAGCCCCCAGUCCACAGGUCAUGUACCAGUCUAACUACAGUAGCCAGAAUCCCCCUCCCCAGCCUCAGCAGCUCAAUGUCCAGCUGGUUCCUGGUCAGCUUCCUGCUGCAGGAGCCCCCGCCCUCCAGACGGUCCAGCUGUUGCCAGGCCAGCUGCUCUCCACCAGCAGCUCAGGGGCCGCGACCAUCAUCCAGGGCCCCACGGCAGCGGGACAGGUCACAUUCACCGUGGUCCCCCACACCGGGUUCCCCCCCUCCUCCACCGCUGCUGUUGCUGCUGUCAGUCAGGGCGCCGUGGCUCCUGGUGUUCCCCCUCCAUCCUCUACUGCCUCAGUGCCCCACCACGCCCCCGCAGCCCCGCCACCACUGCCAGCCCCCCUCAGAGGAGACAAGAUCAUUUGUCAAAAGGAGGAGGAGGCCAAGGACGCCACAGGGCUGCACAUCCACGAGAGAAAGAUCGAGGUGAUGGAGAACUCGUCUCUGGGAGAAGGAAACUCUAACCGCAAGACCAGUAACGGCGACGUGGCGGGGGGGGCCAAGCUGCUAAAUGGUAGGAAGUGCAUGGAGUCUAAUCUACCUCCAUACCACUCAGGGAACAGCCAGGAGGCGCUCAAUGGCCCGACGACUGAGGCGCACCCUGCUAAUGGUAAGCAGGCUCUCUCCCCCAGCACCAACCCUCUGGAGGGAAACCCCGACCCCAAAAAGACCCUCGUCAACGGGGUGUGUGACUUUGAUCGGGGAGACGGAGGUGGUAACUUAAACAAAAACAUUCCAAAUCACAUCGCUUCCAAACAGUACCUGGGGAACGGGCAGGUGGGCCCCACUGAGAAGAGUCACGGUUCGGACCCCGCUCCUCCUAGUCCUCCUCCCCCACAGCAGGACACUGCCAAAGCCCAGCAGGCCGAGCGCCUGGCUAACGGACCCCAGGCAGUAGGCAACCGACCUCCCUCGGAAUUAACCAACGGACCUAUGGUGCCAGUCCACGCCGUGCCCUUGCUUAGACAGCAACUGCUCCCCAGCUCCCCCCUAACCCCCACCGUCACUGUUACCUCCCAGAGUCCCGCCGCCUCUCCUGCAAACGGCGUGGCUUCUGAGGCUCGAGGGCUCAAGAGGCCGGCGGAGAGCGAGGACCGCAGUGCGGCGGCGGCGUCCUCGGGGAUCCCCAACAAAGUGGGGGUGCGAAUCAUCACCAUCAGUGACCCCAACAACGCCGGCAGCAGCUCCACCAUGGUGGCGGUGCCAGCAGGAACAGACCCAAGCACAGUAGCCAAAGUAGCAAUAGAGAACGCCGCUCAGCAGAGGAACUGCUCGCCCACGCUGACGGCCGGCUGCACGCCUGCAGUAACGCCGCCUGCAUCGCAGCCUGCUCCAGGAGGAAACCACAGCCCAGCACAGCAGAGCCCCGCAGCCCCCCCGGAGCAGAGCAGGAAAGCCGGGCACAACUUCAAGUGUCUGUGGCAGUCCUGUAAACGGUGGUUCGAAACGCCGUCUCAGGUGUUUUACCACGCAGCGACGCUGCACGGCGGGAAAGGCGUAUACGGAGGCCAUUGUCAGUGGGAGGGGUGUGAACCCUUUCCCCGGCAGAGACUGUCCUUGAUCACACAUCUACAGGAUAAGCAUUGUUCUCGAGAGGCUUUACUGGCUGGACUCAAACUAGAGGAGCAACAGGCACAAAGUCCCAAUCAGACUACUUCCCAGACUUCGCCAGCGGCAGGCAGUGCUCCGACACCGCGACCACCGAAGGCCAUCGUGAAU